GACAGUGCUGCUAUCGAGUGUGCGACCGCGGAGGAUGCUCGGCGAAACCAGUUGCCUCAAUAACAGAAAGUGUCAUCGAUCAUACCAACAGAGAGAGAGAGCUGUCAUCAUUGAUCUAGAUUACCGCGAUCGCGAAAAUAAAAGUAGAAAAAAGGGGGAAAUACAAUCGCUUCGACAAUCACUGUGCUCCCAAUUGCUUUCAGUCCACGAAGAUUGCUCCGACCUAGCGUCCCGAGAGACACACGCGCAAUUACACGCCUAUUUACUCUGUUAUGUAUACAUUGUCGAAAUCUGUCAGCUUCGGAUCUUAUCAGGCGUCACCGUGCACGAAUUAUACCCAUCUCGAAGCUCGUAGACGAUCCAACGAAACCAGCAUCUCUUGUUCUUUCUCAACGGAAUCGUAGUUAAUUCGUUGCCCGAGUGGCUAGCGAGUGGGUGAUUCGUGAAAUGGGCCACGAGAAAUUUGAGUUCGCUAUAGAUCGCGGCGGUACGUUUACCGACGUAUACGCCAGAUGUCCAGGCGGCAAGAUUCGAGUGAUGAAAUUGCUCUCCGUGGACCCUGCCAAUUACGAGGACGCGCCACGCGAAGGAAUUCGCAGAAUUCUCGAACAGGAAACCGGGAAGAAAAUCGACGGAGAAAUAGAUGGCUCGCUGAUAUCGUGGAUUCGAAUGGGCACGACGGUGGCCACGAACGCUCUGUUGGAAAGGAAAGGCGCGAGAAUGGCGCUCUUGAUCAACGAGGGUUUCAAGGAUCUCCUAUACAUCGGGAAUCAAGCACGGCCCAACAUAUUCGACUUGCAAGUAGUCACCCCGGAAGUAUUGUACGAGAAGGUAAUCGAAGUUAAAUGCAGAGUGAUACCUGCCUUGCCUGGCAAAUGCAAUUUGGACGAUAGGAAAUGGCGCAGGACGAAGGGAUCUACGGGCGAGGAUCUUUUCGUCACUCGAGAACUCGACGAGGAGCAACUGAAGUUAGAUCUGGAAGAAUCGAGGAUAUCAGGGAUCGAUAGCUUAGCCGUGGUCCUCGCGCACAGUUACACAUUUGCCGAACACGAGAAGAGAGUAGGAGAAUUGGCAAAGCUCGCUGGCUUCCCGCAAGUGUCUCUUUCCCACGAAGUUAUGCCCAUGGCGAGGAUAGUCCCCAGAGGAUUCACAGCCUGCGCCGAUGCGUAUCUAACUCCGCACAUUAAGCAAUACUUGCAGGGAUUCUCCUCUGGCUUCAAAGAUAAAUUGAAAGGCGUGAACGUGCUGUUCAUGCAGAGCGACGGCGGAUUGACUCCGAUGGACUCAUUCAAUGGGUCACGAGCCAUCCUGUCUGGCCCUGCAGGCGGGGUCGUCGGUUACGCGAUGACUACUUAUGGCAAGGAGACCGAUCUACCGGUGAUUGGAUUCGACAUGGGUGGUACGUCGACCGACGUGAGUCGUUACGGUGGCAGCUAUGAGCACGUUUACGAGAGCACCACCGCAGGGGUCACGAUUCAAGCUGCACAGUUGGACGUGAACACAGUUGCGGCAGGAGGUGGGUCGAUGCUUUUCUUCAGGUCGGGGCUCUUCGAGGUCGGGCCUGAGAGCGCUGGAGCCCAUCCUGGUCCAGCGUGCUACAAGAAGAACGGUCCUCUGGCUGUCACCGACGCGAAUCUUGCUUUGGGAAGACUUUUGCCGGAAUACUUCCCGAAAAUAUUCGGCCCGAACGAGAACGAACCCCUGGACAGGUCUCGGACAAUGGAAGCUUUCCGAAUACUGACAAACGAAAUAAACGAAUUUUUAACGAAACAGGAACAUGGGGGGAAGAUGACCGUUGAAGAAGUGGCUAUGGGGUUCGUCAGGGUGGCCAAUGAAACUAUGUGUCGACCGAUACGAGCCCUGACGCAGGCAAAAGGUUACGACACAUCUCGCCAUGUUCUGGCGUGUUUCGGAGGUGCUGGGGGGCAGCACGCGUGCGCCAUUGCGCGUUCCUUAGGAAUGGGAACGGUGUUUGUUCAUAAAUAUGCUGGAAUUCUGUCUGCCUACGGAAUGGCUCUAGCCGACGUCGUGGAAGAAGCUCAAGAACCCAGCGCGGAAAUUUACGAACGAGAAUCAUACGCGCGUUUGGACGAACGCCUGGAAGCCUUGGAAAGGAAAGUCCGAGGAAGAUUAGCUGCCCAAGGAUUCCCAGAUUCUCACAUACGAACAGAACCCUUCCUACACCUGCGCUACCAAGGAACAGAUUGCGCCUUAAUGUGUACUCCCAGGCGAAACGAAAACGAGGGCCCGAAACACGGAGACUUUCUUACUACGUUCCUGGAAAGGUAUCAGACAGAAUUCGGGUUCACUAUGCCCAACCGAAGGAUCCUGGUAAGCGAUAUAAGGGUAAGGGGCGCGGGGAAGACAGACAUCGAGGAGGAUCCGAUUCUAGCAACCUCCAACGCAGCGACGAGACCAGAAAAGACAACCAUGGUGUAUUUCGAGAACGGCUAUCUGGAGACCAAAGUGUACCAAUUGCGUUCUCUAUCACCUAGCUACGUGAUUCACGGGCCAGCCAUUAUUAUGGACAGCCUGAGUACCCUUCUGAUCGAGCCCGAUUGCACCGCAUCGAUCACGUCUCGCGGCGACGUGAAGAUAACCAUCGGCCAAGGGCUGAGGACCGAGGUCACGACCGAAUUGGAUACCAUUCAAUUGAGCAUCUUCUCCCAUCGUUUCAUGAGUAUCGCCGAACAAAUGGGCAGGAUUCUUCAGCGCACCGCCAUCUCCACGAACAUCAAGGAGCGUCUGGACUUCUCCUGUGCGGUUUUCGGGCCGGAUGGUGGGCUGGUUUCCAAUGCUCCGCAUAUACCUGUGCACCUGGGUGCCAUGCAGGAGACCGUUCAGUUUCAGAUGAGAGCCUUCAAGGGCGAGUUCUCCAGAGGCGACGUGAUCCUCGCGAACCAUCCUUGCGCUGGAGGAUCGCAUCUUCCCGAUCUCACUGUCAUCACUCCUGUCUUCUACAGAGACGUGGAGAAACCUGUGUUCUUCGUGGCCAGCAGAGGACACCACGCGGAUAUCGGAGGCAUCACGCCAGGUUCCAUGCCACCACAUUCGACUUCCUUGCUCCAGGAAGGAGCGACUUUUAAGAGCUUCCUGUUGGUACACAGAGGCGUGUUCAGGGAGAAGGAACUGACGGAAGCGUUGAUGGAACCGGGAAAAAUCCCAGGAAGUUCCGGAACCAGAAAUCUGUCCGACAACCUGAGCGAUCUUAAGGCUCAGAUCGCAGCUAAUCACAAAGGAUCACUGUUGGUGAACGAAUUGAUCGAUAUAUACGGCCUCGACGUGGUGCAAGCUUACAUGGGUCACAUUCAGCAUAACGCUGAAGUCGCUGUGAGAGAUAUGCUGAAAUCCGUUGGCAAGAAGCUUCUUAAAGAGACUAGGAACACCGUAGCAACCGCGGUGGAUUAUCUGGACGAUGGAAGCCCUAUCAAGUUCCUUCUGAACAUUGACAUAGACAGGGGCGAAGCAGUCUGCGACUUCACUGGCACUGGAUACGAAGUGUGGGGCAACUGUAACGCACCUAGGGCUAUCACUCUGUCUGCGUUAAUUUAUUGCUUGAGGUGUAUAGUGGGCAGAGAUGUCCCUUUAAAUCAGGGUUGCUUGAAGCCGGUGAAGAUAAUUAUUCCGAAAGGAUCUCUUUUGGAUCCAUCAGAGGAGGCAGCUGUGGUCGGAGGGAACGUGCUCACGUCGCAACGCGUGGUCGACGUAGUCCUACAAGCCUUUGGGGCCUGUGCAGCGUCCCAAGGUUGCAUGAACAACGUGACACUGGGUACCGAAGAAUGGGGCUAUUACGAAACUGUCGCUGGCGGCAGUGGCGCCGGCCCAACGUGGAACGGCAGAGGAGGGGUACACACGCAUAUGACAAAUACAAGGAUCACCGACCCUGAGAUACUAGAACUGCGUUAUCCAGUUAUUCUCGAUAAGUUUUCUCUGCGACCCGGAAGUGGGGGAGCUGGUGCUCACCAUGGCGGUGAUGGCGUCGUUCGUGAAAUGACGUUCAGAGCACCUAUGAUGCUGUCCGUAUUGACGGAGAGGAGGGUACACAGUCCACCAGGACUAGCAGGGGGGCAGUCGGGCCAGAAAGGAAGGAACACGUUGCAAAGAGCAGAUGGCAGGAGGAUCAAUCUGGGUCCGAAAACCGCGGUGCCAGUGCGCACAGGGGACAAGUUUAUCCUGGAGACACCUGGAGGCGGUGGCUACGGUCCACCCGGGGAGGAAGCAACGUCGAUCGAAAGAAGACCUCGAGGAUUCGUGGAACGCGGCAGCGUGUACGAGUACAGGAAGGCGCAGGAAUCGGUAUAAUGGACACUCGCGAGAACCGUUUAACGACAAUAAUUAUCGGAACAAUCGCUGAAUGCGCACAAUAUUGCUAUCUUUGUAACCAUAUGGAUCAAGAAGAAUAAAUGCGA